AUGAUUAUAUUUAUAUUAAAUAAAAUAAAUAGUCAAAUAUUAUCAACUGUACAAUGUAGACCUGUAUUAAAUUAUUAUUUUAAAUAUUUAACUAACGAACCACCUGGUAAAGUUCAUUAUUUAAAUAUUCAAGCCACAUAUAUAUUACAAGGUAGAUAUGUUGGAUACUAUACAGGAACACUUACUUAUGCUAGGUCAUCUGAUUCAUUAAAUGGUAUAGUAACUGCAUCGUUUAGUGAUCGAAUAUGGGUUGUAUCAUGUCCUCUUCUUCUUUGUCCGAGACAAAAUUUUAAUUAUCAAGCUACUGAUAAACAAACAUUUACAAUUACUAGAUCAGGUUCUUUUCAAAAUGUAUUGAAUAGUUGGGGUAAUGCAAAAUUUAUAGAUCAAUUACAAUGCUAUGGUGUCAAUCAACCAUUUUUUAUUGCACCAAAAAAACAAUCAGCCUCUAUGUUUGUAAUGACAUUACAAACAGCAUCUUCUGAUCGACUAACAUAA